CCUUUUUUAUUUUCUUUUUUUAAACUUUCUUUUUCUUUAUCAUCAUCAUUAGAAUGACAAAGAAUAAGUACGACUUAUCGCAGUUGUCGCAACAUACAGAAGAUGAAUUGACCGCUUGUUUAAAGUCUGCUUUUCAAAAUAAUGUCAUAUACUCUCGAAUCGGUGAUUCCGCUCUUGUGGCUAUCAACCCGUACAAGACACUACCAUUGCAAAGCAUCCAGUACGUCGCCGAAUACAAAGAUACAGGAUCUGAAUUAUUGGAGCCAUUGCCAGCUCAUAUAUUCAAACUGACAAAUCAAGCUUACUUACAUAUGAGGCGUACAGGCAUUGAUCAAUCUUUGAUACUAAAUGGUGAAUCAGGUAGUGGAAAGACUGAAACUUUUAAAUUUGUCCUGGAUCAUCUUGUUCAUUUAUCCUCCCAAAAGAAGGAAACCAAACUUCAAGCUCAAAUAGCCAAUAUUCAAGUAGUCCUGGAGGCAUUCGGUAAUGCGCGUACAGGUUUAAACGUAAAUGCUUCUAGAUUUGGAAAGUAUUUGGAGUUGCAAUUUAAUGAACGAGGUCGGAUGGUCGGUGCAAAGCUGCUUAAUUAUUUAUUGGACAAAACCCGUGUAACGCAAUGUCCUGGAAACGAGCAAACUUUUCAUGUCUUUUAUCAGUUAUUGGGUGGGACUUCUGCAGAAGAAAAAUCUAUAUUACAACUCGGUGGGGAUGAUACGGUCUACAAAUAUGUUCCUAGAAAUAUGGCCGCUUCCGGUGGUGAGUCUAACCAGUUUAAGAACCUGAAAGGAGCAAUGCGAACAUUAGGUAUCAACAAGAAGUACCAGGCUCGUAUCUGGCAAUUCCUUUCUUGUUUAUUACAUCUGGGUCAAUUGGAAUUUAUAGACGAUCCAACCAUCCAAGAAGCUGCAUUUGUCAAGAAUUCAGCUACAUUAGAGUUAUGUGCGGAUUUCUUAGGUGUAGAUCCCAGAGCCUUGGAAAAUGUAUUGACCUACAAGACACAACUGAUUAAAAAAGACGUAACAACCCUUAUUUUGGACUCGGUUGGUGCCUGUAAACAACGUGACGAUAUCGUGAAGGCUUUGUAUUCUUUGUUAUUCACUUGGCUGGUAGAAUACAUGAAUAAUAAAUUAUGCUGUGAUGCUGUGCAUAAUUUUAUAGGCAUUUUGGAUCUACCAGGGCCUAGACUCAAUAACAUGGAUUUUAACUCGUUUUGUGUUAAUUUGGCCGAUGAGCGUUUACAAAACUUUUGUCAACGUUCAAUUUUUGAAAUGGAUAUCGAGGAAUACCGUCAAGAGGGUUUGAAUGUGGCGGAUGUGCCUUAUUUCAAUAACCAAGCUUGUGUAGACUUGUUAACAAGACCCAAACAUGGUUUAUUAGAUAUAAUCAACCAUCACGCCAAAUUAUCUACAUCAACCGAUCUUAGCAUGCUGGAUACUUUUGGAAAAUACAACAGCAAUCAUGCAUCAUUUAGCUUUAAAUCGGCAGACACAGGUCAACGGCUUUUCGCUAUUCAACAUUUUGCAGGACAAGUCGCAUACAGUCCCACACAUUUCCUCGAGUCUAACAGAGAUAAUUUAAAUGCUGAUUUAGUACAACUAAUUCGAGGAAGUGAAACAGCUCCAGCCUCAUACAACAGUUUCGCUUUGGAAUUGUUUGCUGAUAAUAAUGUUCGAACCGAAAACCAUCCAAAGCAAACCGAUGCUAUCAUGAGUGCACAACAACCCAGUGGUCCGUUACGUGGACCUUCCAUGCGUAGGACAAAAACGACAAAACGUCGAAGAAGCACCUUAGAACCAAUCUUGGAUGAGCCAACUACGCCUAAACGAAACGUUUCCAUGUUAUUAUCUCAAUUGAAUACAGCCCUGGACGAUUUGAUUACAACUUUAGAUGAAACUGUUCCUUGGUUUAUUUUAUGCAUUAGGCCAAAUGAUGAUGCGGCACCAAAUCAGUUUGAUACUAACCGCGUUCGAUCUCAGAUACGAGCAUUUGGUAUCCCUCAUAUAUGUCAACGUUUGGCAGUCCAUUAUACCACAAGCUUCUUCCACGACGAAUUUUUAGACCGUUAUAUAAAUAUACUUAAUGAAAAGGGGGUGGAUAAAUUUACGGGCGAUGCGAAAGACCAAUGUGAGGCUGCUAUAGGUGCUUUCAACUGGUCGACUGAACAAGCUGCCCUGGGUUCUACAAAGAUAUUUCUAAAUGAAACUGUUUGGCAAUUUUUAGAAGAUGGGUUACGCUCAGUCGAAAAAGAAGAUCAAAAGAAACAAAAGGAAGAAAAGCGAGUUCAUGAAAAUAUGGCUACUUUGGCCGCUCCCAUGAUUCACAUGGAUAGAGAUCAUAGUUCGGAUUCUUUGUCAAAUUUGUCGUUUGGUUCGAAUACAGAAUUUUUGUUGCCAAAGGCAGAUUAUUCUUUGGAUAACAAAAAUGCCGCUAUGGUGGCUACUAUGGCUGGUCUCCCUAUACCCAAAACCGCAGCUGGAGGCUCUGUUUAUACAGAUGAUCAAAGGUCUUUCCUUUCAGAAGAUGAAUAUCACCAACCUGAUCAACAAAGCAGUCAUUACGAAACAGAUUCGCAAUAUGGAUCCGAGAUUUAUGGCAAACAGCCUGCUACAAACGAGAUGAAACAAAUGAUUACCACAGCAGUUGUUGAAGAAGAAGCACCUGAAGAAGAUGUAGAACAGUUAUCUCCGGCUCGUCGCCACUGGCUGAACUUUGUUUGGUUCAUGACAUGGUGGAUUCCAACCCCGUUUUUACUUUGGUGUGGUAAAAUGAAACGUCCGGAUAUUCAAAUUGCAUGGCGAGAAAAAAUGACACUUUGCCUUUGUAUUUUAUUGACAUCUGCUUUUAUUAUUUGGUUCUUGGUAUUUUUCGGUAGAUUGGUUUGUCCUCAUGAAAAUGUGUUCUCAACAUCAGAACUUGCAAGUCAUUCAACACCUGAUAAUGCCUAUGUCACAAUUCGUGGUGAAGUAUUCGACUUGACCAGCUUCGCUCCCCAUCAUUGGGCUAGUCUUGUCAUUCCUCAAUCGGCUGUCUUGGAAUACGGAGGAAAAGAUGCCUCUGCGCUCUUUCCCGUGCAGGUAUCUGCUUUGUGCCAAGGUGUUUCUGGUACCGUUUCACCUUAUGUCUCGUUGGACUUUAACCCAAAUUUAACGGAUUCCAAUGCCCGCUACCACAACUUUUUACCAAACAGUGGGGAUCCUCGUCCUGACUGGUAUUUUGAGCAAAUGACUUAUUUAAGAAAGAACUAUAAAAAAGGGUCCAUGGGUUACAGCCCUCAAGAAAUCAAUCAACAGGCAAUAAAUCCCAAGGACAUGUCCGGCAUUAAGACUCCUCGUCAAUGGGUUAUUUUAAACAACAACAUUUUCGAUAUUACGUAUUACGUAUUGGGCGGUCGACGAUUCGAUGUUCCCGAUGGUCAACCUACACCCGAUGCUGGCGAAUUAAACUUUUUAGAUAAUUCAAUUGUGACAUUAUUUACGCAAAAAGCAGGUCAAGAUAUUACUGAAAGUUGGAACGCAUUACCUUUGGCAGACGAUAUUAAGUUACGUCAACAAGUUUGUUUGAGAAAUUUGUAUUAUGCAGGUGCUGUAGAUCAACGUAACUCCGCCAGGUGUUUGUUUGCAGAAUAUUUGUUGUUAAUUGUUACCGUGUUUCUUUGCGCCAUCAUCGUGUUUAAAUUUUUGGCCGCCCUUCAAUUCCGUACACGUCGUGAACCAGAAAAGCAUGAAAAGUUUGUGAUUUGUCAAGUGCCUUGCUAUACAGAAGGAGAAGAGGAAUUGAAAAAAACCAUUGAUUCAAUUGGUUCAUUGCAGUAUGAUGAUAAGCGUAAGUUACUGUUCUUGAUUUGUGACGGUAUGGUUAUCGGUGGUGGUAAUGAUCGUCCUACUUCACGUAUCGUAUUGGACAUUUUGGGUGUUGAUUCGAAUACAGACCCCGAAGCUCUGUCUUUCUUUUCGGUAGGAGAAGGACAAAAACAACAUAACAUGGGCAAAAUUUAUUCGGGUCUAUACGAAUGUCGUGGUCAUGUUGUGCCAUAUAUUGUGGUAUCAAAAGUUGGUAAGCCUUCUGAAAGACAGAAACCUGGUAACCGUGGUAAACGUGACAGUCAAUUGAUCUUGAUGAGCUUUUUGAAUAAGGUACAUUUCAAUAGCGCCAUGACCCCAAUGGAAUUGGAAUUGUACCACCAAAUCAAAAAUGUAAUCGGUGUUAACCCCAGCUUUUACGAGUACGUUUUAAUGGUGGAUGCAGAUACCGAAGUAAUGGCUGACGGUCUCAAUCGUAUGGUAUCUGUCUUUGCUCAUGAUGCAAAAAUUAUUGGUUUGUGUGGUGAAACUGUGCUGUCAAAUGAAAAAGAUAGUUGGGUCACUAUGAUCCAAGUUUACGAAUACUUUAUUUCCCAUUAUCUUAUCAAAGCAUUUGAAUCUCUGUUUGGAUCUGUCACUUGUUUACCUGGUUGUUUCUGUAUGUAUCGUAUUCGGGCUCCGUUGAAGAAUCAGCCCUUGUUAAUAUCAAAUCAGAUCCUGGAAGACUAUUCAAUCAAUAAGGUUGAUACUUUGCACAAAAAGAAUCUGCUCCAUUUAGGUGAAGAUCGGUACUUGACUACACUUAUCUUGAAACAUUUUCCCAAUUACAAGACAAAGUUUGUCUCUGAUGCUAAGUGUGCUACAAAUGCUCCGGAUCAAUGGAGUGUCCUGCUUUCCCAACGUCGUCGAUGGAUCAACUCAACUAUUCAUAACUUGGGUGAGCUUGUGUUUUUACCACAACUUUGUGGUUUCUGCUGUUUCUCUAUGAGAUUCGUGGUUAUGCUCGAUUUAUUCAGUACUUUGGUUCAGCCUGCUAUUGUAGGUUAUCUUGUCUAUCUUAUUUAUACCUUGGCGACAUCUACCUCAGGUGUUCCUGUAAUGUCGAUUAUUACUAUAGCUGGUGUGUAUGGUCUUCAAGCAGUUAUUUUCCUGUUGCACAGAAAAUGGGAACACAUCAUUUGGAUGAUUGUAUCUAUAUUUGCUAUUCCUGUCUUUUCUUUCUUAAUUCCUAUUUACUCAUACUGGCAUUUUGACGAUUUCUCUUGGGGUAACACGCGUGUUGUAAUGGGAGACAAGGGUAAGAAGCUAGUCAUGGCUGAUGAAGGAAAGUUUGACCGCAAAUCUAUACCGCUGAUGACUUGGGAUGAGUAUGAGAAGAGUUUGUAUGAUGAUGAUGGUGGUUUAUACUAUCAUGAUGAUAAUGCUUCAGUCGGGUCACAUGGAUCUCAAAAAUCAGGAUAUAGCCAAGGUACAUAUUAUAGUCAGCAAAGCUAUGUCAGUAGGCCACAAUACAAUACCUCGACAAGUCAACCUCUAAUGAUGCAACAACCUCAAUCAGUCAGAGGGGGAUCACCUGCGUUCAAUUUACCUUAUCAAGGGGGAUACGCAACACCACCUCCGAUGAUGGGCUAUCAUACCCCUCCUCCAGGCCAAUAUAGAGCUCAAUCUCCCUUCCACUAGAUAAAUUUACAUUUUCAUUCCCCCAUCAUGUGUUUAUAAACUACUGCAUAUUAAAAAAAACUAUUAAUAAACUUGAUGGUUUUCAUUUUU